AUGAAACAAAGCGAAAAAUGUGCCAGUAAAAAUCAACAGGUUCCAAAUGAUUUUGAUAAUCGCAGUUGAAGCAGAGUCCUCUUAGAGCCUAAAGAAAAGAAAAGAAGAAGAUGAUUUAAAAGAAAGAAGAGAGAUAAAAAGACUAAUGAGUCAGAUUUUGCGCUAAAUUUAGAAAAACCCUAUAAAGAGAGAAAACUUUAAAGAGGCUAAAAGCCGAGUACAAGAAACUGCUCUACUAGUAAGAUUUCUCUAACCGUAGAAUUUGAGUUCAAAAUCUCUCAGCAAGGUUUCUUUAGACUGAGUCAAAGAUUUUUCUGCAGAGAGAAUAAGGGAAAUUAAGAGAAAGGAUCAGAAAAGUAAAGCUAGAAGGAUCAAAGAAUCUUCAAAUAUGGUUAAAGUAU